UCAGCAGUGUGAGUUAAACUCAUGUAUCAGUCUGUAGUGAUUGAAAGCAGCACAGAUAUAAUGGGACUCUAUGAUGGACUCGGUGCUGUUUACAUUCAAACUCUCUUCCACUUAUUUGUUUAUAUUAUUGAGCAGUUUUGAGUAGCAGACAUGGAUUAUGGAAGAAAGAAAAAGCUGACAUUUAUUACAAUCGGAUUGAUUUUCCUGCUGAGUGGAGUGGAGUAUGCUGUGAUUUUACCCACAAUCUGGCGUUUCCUGCAGACGCUGGACGCGGCUCCGUAUUUUCUGGGUCUCAGUCUGUCAGCAUUCAGUUUUAGUGGCCUGCUCUCAGGGCCUUUAUUCGGUUUCUGGUCCGACAGAACACAUGGCUCCAAGAAGAUCAUCCUUUUCGCCAACUGUUUUGAAAUCAUUGGUAAUUUCAUGUAUUUUCUAGGAUUUUCCAAAUGGUUGCUGCUGAGCAGUCGUUUUGUUGCAGGAAUCGGAACAGGAGCCGGGUCAUCUAUUUUUGGUUUCUUGACGAGAAUCACAGCCCCUGAAGAUCGCUCCACGGUGUUCGCUGCCGUCAUGGCCUGCAGACAAGCUGGCCUUCUGAUUGGUCCUGCAUUUAACCUUUUCCUCAGGCUGUGUGACUUCCAGCUCGGACCAUUUGUGGUGAAUAAAUACACUGCUCCUGGGAUUUUCAUGUGUGUAUUGUGGCUGCUGCUGCAGCUUAUUGUGUUACUGAUGUACUAUGAUCUCAGUGGAAGGAAUGAGGGAUCGGAAGAAGAGAAGCAGGAAGAGGAAGAAAGGCUGUUGGUUCAAUCUAAUGACACCCCCGAGUCAUAUGGGACACUCCCCAACUCGCCUGCUAUGGACCAUGCAAUCGCUAACGGCAACUUGACUCCACCAGAUCCACCUUCCGAACAGAUAAAAACCAGCGCGUUUCAAAAUUUCAGUGCCGCACGAGCAGAGUAUCUGAGAGAGGAGGUGGUGGUGCUACUUACGGCUCAGUUCAUCACACUGUUUAACCAGACAGCACUGGAGACGAUGGUGACUCCGUUGACGCAGCAGUACUUUAAUUUCGGCGAGCUGGAGAACAGCGUGAUGUACUGCGUGUGUGGAGUGGAGGUGAUCGCCGGCUUUGUCUUCGUCCGCUGGCUCAGCAAGAAGGUGGAGGAGAGGGUGGUGCUGUCCAUCGGCCUCCUCCUUGCCAACAUUUCCUGCGUCUGGUGCAUCAUCUUCCUCGCUAACCCUCAAGGCGGGUUCUCGUGGCAGUUGACAGAGUUCAUCAUCGGCGUGUUCCUGCAGGUUUUGGGUCUGCCCUUUAUCGCUGUUGCUCAAGUGUCUCUCUUCUCCAAAGUGACUGCUGAGAAAACACAGGGUUUCAGUCAGGGAAUCCGGCGCUCUGUCGGAGGUUUGGCCACUAUUCUAGGUCCGUUAUGGGCCGGAAGUUUGACCUCUAACCUUUAUGUCAUGCUCGGAGUGAUGACUGGCUUACUGGUACUAUUUACUAUUAUGAUGGCCUUCUCGUACAAGAGGCUGGUCGAGCACACUACAGUGGAGCAUACGGAGGAAUGAGACACGACCCACACAGGACUCACUGCUACAUUCUCAGGAUGGUGCUCAAAUGUAACACGCACCAUGUUUGUAAUACGUAAUAAGAGAGUGUGUUUCCUGUACAGCGUACGGGUUUAUUUAUGAAAUAUGUCUGUAUAUCUGUUAUAACACUAUAUUUCAUAUAAUGCACCACGUCAUACCGCACAAGUUGUAUUGGUUAUGGUUAAUUUCACAAUUGAAGCUCUUUUGAGCUGUUGCAUAGAUGCUCUUCAGUCAUCCACCUGGUUCCUCAAAAUCUCUGCUCUGGAAUCACCUACCUGGCCUUGAUACAUCCUACUCGAUGCCUUUCACCUGGUCUUGCACUCUUGAUUCUCUGGAAUCAUCUAGCUAGCCAUGUUCACUGUUCUUUCUCAAUCCACCCAUCUUUCCUUGUUCACCUUUAGAUUUUUUUUUAGAACUUUCUUCUCUGUUCUCUUGACCUUCUACUGCUCUUAGCUCUUUGGAGUCAUCCACGUGGCCCCGCCCACUCUGUUCCUAAUCUGUAAAUGACAACCUGAACAUUGUAAAGGAGUCCAUCAGAAAAUGUUGCUUUAUCUUAUGGGACUUGUGGAAUCUAAAUUACAGUCAUACUGUGGAUUAUUAUUAUUAUUAUUAUUAUUAUUAUUAUUAUUUAUUGAUUUUUUUUUUUUUUUUUUACAAAACAUUUUCAUUGUAUUAACAUCUUAUUGUACUUCACAGAUUUGUGUCUAUAUUUCUAUCUAUGAAAGACUCAAAUAAAACCAAAUACAAAAUCUUGGAAAUCUGGCUCGGAAGUACGUCUUCAGAGUGAAGUCAGAAAACCUAACCAAAAAAAAAAAACUGUUAAUUAUAUUAGAAAAUCAGUAAAUAUGAUCAAUAUGAUAUAAAAUAUCUUACUUCUUACUGUAAUCUUCACAAUACUGUAAUAUAUUAAUACAUUAGGAUCUGUUUUACCUGUUUAAACACAACCGAGUGUUGGAUGAUGGUAGAUGAUGUACUGCUGUCCUCAGUGUUAUUAAUAAGAAUGUAAGGUUUCUGGGGGCUGACCAGCAAGCGUUUCUUAUUGUACAAGAAAAGCACGGCUCUCAGCUCCAUACCCGGAGACACGUCAUUAAAUAUUUCAUUUCAAAAAUCAUUCAAGCAUCAAAAUAAUAGCAGACAUUACUGUUUUAGUCUAAAUCUAAUUGGCCUACAUGUAACACACAAUACAACACAAUAGUAAAGUACAUUUUAUGUUGCUUAAAUUAUAUCAUCAUUCAGUUCAUCAAAUAUAAUGGAAGAAUGUUUUUUUAUGGGGGGAUUUAUGAUUGGAUUUAUUUUAUUUAUUUAUUUUAGUUAAUAGCGUGGUAUUUUACUUUUGUACACGUACAGUAAGAAUAUCUAAACCACCAGUACACCGUUUUCCAUUAUUUAUCAAUGUUUUCUAUAAAAUUAUUGUUUCAAUCUGUCUGUAAUAU